AUGAGUUUGCCGGCAGUCGGCAUCACAUUUCGAUUGAGGAUAGGAAACAUCAUUUCAUUGGUCAUUUUGACCCUCUGGCUGAACCUUUGGUGUGAUUUGAAUUCAUUGGAAACGCUCCCCAGUGAUACCAAUUGCAUUGGUAGCGGAGCAGUUUACGCUCCAGCGACUGACUCCUGCCCAUUUACGCUACCUGGGCGCUCUGCUGAACUGGUGACUUUGGGGAUGUUUUCCAAGGAGAAAAGUGACAGUUAUGUCCCUUCAUGGGAUGGCAGCUCUCGAACAUGGAGACGAUACUGCAAGGAAGUGGCAUGGUUCAUGAGUGGAACAAAAGCAAAUCAACGACAGUAUGCUGCUGCGAAACUGAUUACGCGAUUAACUGGUGCUGCAAGACUUUUGUCUAUGAGUUGGCAUAAUCGUGACUUCAUGGGUGAACAAGGUGUUUCAAAGAUGCUACGUUGUUUUGCUUCCUCUCCCUUAGUACGGAGGUCUCUGCCGAAUGCUGCAUCAACAAUGAGUGAAUAUUUCAGUUUUCGAAGGCGACCCAAUGAGCCGAUUGCGCAGUUUCUGGUGCGCGAAGCUCUUGGGUUCGAGGAGUUUCAAGAGGCCUUGCUGCAAUUGAAGGAGGAACGUGAUGGUUUGGACCCAUCACAACGACAAUUCGAUCUUCCUGAGAUCACUGGCCUAAGUGCAGGCAGUUCUGGAGCCCCAGCACAGGACCAUGAACCUUGGUGGAAUGGUCGUUGGGGUGAAUGGCGUGGUGUGAUUCAUGGAGAUGAUGAAGAUGAUGAUGAACCCGUGCAGGGUGAUGCAGGUCCUUCUCAGCGGCCUGAUGGAUAUGCCGAAGUGCCUCAAACAUCUGACCCAGGUUCUCCAGUGAUUGGCCCUUCUGAACAAGCAAGACGACAGAACAUGCAUGGCUCACCAACUCAGAGCCCUAGUCGAAAAGUUGCCACUCACCGGAAACCACAUGGUGCUGAGGAUGUUUUGAGCCCCAUGGACAGUUUUAUUUUGGAUGUGAUGCGAGGAGUUGGAAAACAUUUAUCCCAAGCUGAACUUGAUGCGUAUUUGUUGAAGGGCAAAGGCAAGGGCAAAUUCAAGGGUCUUCAUGCAGUAAGUUGGGACGAUGGUUGGUAUGGGGAUAGCUAUGAAAACUAUGGCAUGUUCAAGGGUAAGGGCAAAUAUGGUAAGAACGUCAAGGGCAAGUACAAACCCUCCUUGAACACCUAUGUCAUGGACUAUGACUACCAUUCUGCCUAUUGUUUGGAGCUUUUCCCAUUAGAGUUGUUUUCAACAUCACAACCUUCCACUACGGGUCCUCAACGCUCAGUUCCCCUUGGGUUUGGUAUGUUGGAUUGUGGUGCAACUGCUUCAGCGGGACCGGAGUCAUCCGCAAAGUUGCUGAUUUCCAAGUUGCGUGAAAUCGAUCCUCAAAUUGGUGUUCAUUUGGAUGAUUCUCGAAGACCUUAUUUUAGGUAUGGUUCUGGCCAAUGGGGACAAUCACUAUACCAUCUGACCUUGGUUUCAGCGAAAAAUCCUGCAAGAACUUUUGAGAUGUAUACCUUGCCUGACCCCGAUGGUUUUGUCUACGGUUGGUCUUCACCUUCACAACUGGUACCCAUUCUUGUUGGCAUGGAUCAUUUACAAAAGAUCGGUUUGGUUUUGGAUUUUUCUGAUGGAUUUGCACUACAUGGUGCUGAACCUGAAGCUGAACCCUAUUGCCUGCACAAGAACCCCAAGGGUCACUUCAUGAUUGACUUGGUGUACUACCUGUGUGGUGUGAUCUCCGAUGCCGAGGCCAUUGACACCUUUGCGGCAACCAUGGAUGGCGCUUCGCCUCAAUCUUCAGGACAGGGAUCCUGGUCCUGGUUGGAAUUGGGUCCAAUGGAGUUAAUGGCAGUUUCUCAUGCACAAGCUUCAGAUUCACAACAUGCAAGCAAGUCCGUGGCAGCUCCAAAGAGCCCUUCGUUGCCUCUCGAGCACGACCGAGCUCUACCAGCAGAUCCUCGAGAUCCUCGCAGCCAAUCAACAUGGCCUUGCAACGGCUCUCACGAGCACAAGACCAAUGGCGGCAACGCUUCGGGCACUUGGUCGGAUUGUGCAACAUGCGGCCUGAGGCUGAGCUACAUUCCUCGCCAAGGUACUCCAGCAAAGUACAUGACCCAGAAUGCCCCGGAGGUCAUCACCAAUGCCCUGAAGAUGCUGAAGGAGCACUUGACCGAGGACCAAAAGCCCAAUGCCAGCAUGGUGAAGACUUGCAUCAGGCUGGUGGAAUCUUCGAUGGCGAUGGAAGCGCACAAGGCCAAGCUGACCUUGAUGGAGGCCCACCACCAAAGCCUCAAAGCUCACCUCCAGCUGCUCCUUGCCGCGCCAGUGACCCAGCUAUGCGAGGAGGAUCAGAACGAGGCCCAGAGUCUGCUGUCAAUGCUGACCGGAGACGAAAUUGCCAGGCUGAGAGAGAUUGCUGCAGAACGAGUUCAAGUGUUUCCCAUGUCUCCGCCCGACUCCGAGGACAACAACGAGCCUGAGGAUGCGUCUUUAGCUGAGGACUUUGAGUUUUUGCAUUUUGUCGAGUCGAAGAUGAUUGGGAAUCCUACAGUUGGUGGCUCUGCAAAGUUUUGUGGCCUACCUUUGAAGAUUGGCCGUGCUGCAGCAUCCUUGAUGGCAAUGCUGAUGCUUCAUGCUCAAGUAGGUCUUCAAGGUCUACUACGUGGUGAUGAAAGGGUAGAUUGCUGGGAGCUCUUUUGUGCACCUGACAGCUGGCUGACCGCUGCCUGUCAAUCUGAAGGACUUCGAGCUUCCCGCAUCAACCUUCACCAAGGCUAUGACUUGUACCAGUCCAUUGAGCAAAAGCAGAACUUGGAGAAGUUCCGGCGCAAAGAACGAGCUAUGUUCAAGCUGCUCAUACCCUUCCUGGUGGAGAUGCUCACUGCAUACCCUGACACUGAGCUGUUCUGGGAAUGGCCUACAAGAUGCUAUGGCUGGAAAGAACCCUGGCUGGAAACCUUGCAACGUGAACUUCAUCGACUUGACCGUGACUGGCUUUUUGGUCGGAUCGAUGGUUGCAGGUAUGACCUUCGCUCUCAGCUUGGACUUUUGCUGCAGAAGCGAUGGACAAUUGCCACAAGCUCCAACAGCUUCUUCCAGACCUACCGCAACAAGACCUGCGUGGGCAACCAUGACCACGACUAUGUGCAGUGA